ACUACUCCUGUCUUCCAUAAGAGGAAGUCCAACAGAGCAAAGGAGAAGAAAGCCCGUCGUCUGGAGGAGAGGGCAGCUAUGGAUGCCGUCUGUGCCAAGGUGGAGGCAGCUAAUAAGCUCGACGACCCCCUGGCUGCCUUCCCAGCCUUCAAAAAGUACGACAGAAAUGGGCUGAACCUGCAGAUAGAGUGUAAGAGAGUGACCUCCCUCAACCCGCUGUCUGUGGAGUGGGCCUUCGAACUCACCAGAGCCAACAUGCAGACACUGUAUGAGCAGAGCGAGUGGGGGUGGAAAGAGAGGGAAAAGAGGGAGGAGAUGAACGACGAGAGGGCGUGGUACCUACUGGCCCGCGACGGCGACUCCGCCCCCGUGGCCUUCUCUCACUUCCGAUUCGACGUGGAGUGCGGGGAGGAGGUUUUAUAUUGCUAUGAGGUGCAGUUAGAGAGCAGAGUGCGGAGGAAAGGACUCGGCAAGUUCCUCAUCCAGAUACUACAGCUCAUCGCUAACAGUACGCAGAUGAAGAAAGUGAUGUUGACAGUUUUCAAACACAACCACGGGGCUUACCAGUUCUUCAGAGAAGCUUUACAGUUUGAGAUCGAUGACACCUCGCCAAGCAUGUCCGGUUGCUGCGGCGACGACUGCUCUUACGAGAUCCUCAGCCGGCGGACCAAACACGGCGAGGCCUCGGCGGGACACACCCACGGGGGCGGGCACUGCGGGGGCUGCUGCCACUGAUCCGCUUCAGCUACAGCUUUUACGAUUUGGUUUAAAAGCCAGCAACUUUCAUGGCUGUGUGUGAAAGCUUGAGCUGCCUGCUACACUGCAAGCGUUUUGAGUUUGAACGGCUGUAGAUGAACCGAUGGUGGAAUACCUGGCUACAGAUAUUGAUGUCGCGUUAUGGAUUGAGAUUUACGUGUUUGUUUUUUUUGUGUAUUCCUGCUACAAAAAGCAGUAAGCAGUGUGAGCUUUCACACAUAGCUCCUGUUUUUUUUUUUUUUGUUUUUUUUCUUUCCUACUUCUUGGUCCAAUGUCCAGCCUCAUCUUUCCUCAUUCUCUUAUCCCAGUUAAUGAUGACAAUUAGUGAUUCCCAGUCAAGAACAAGCUAAAGCAUUGCUGACAUCCUCUACCACUGCAAUGAACCUCAUCCCAUCCCGCCUCUCAUCUCCUAACCUGCUGUACUGUAUUGAAUCAUUCUGCAGCGCUUCUCAAACUUUUGCUUGGGACCUCAAAUUGGUUGCUGGCCUAAGGCUGUAUUAUAGAAACUUACUACCUCAAGUGACGAUUGCUUAAGCUUACGAUAGGAUUUAGUGGUAAAUAUUGAUAAAUCAUGCCCUCACUCAAAUGACCACAUAAACUAAACUGAUAGGAUUUUUACGAGUUAGUCAGUUCUUGUGAUACAGCCCCUGGUUUCUUUGGGAUUUGAGACUAACUAGCUGGUUUCGCUGGUCCCAGGAUUAGGCUGAAUGUACUCACAUUUGGGUCCCAGAAGGAGCAGUCUGAGAAGGCUUGCUGUACUCUAAUACCACCUUUUAUGUUGCAAGUUAUAUGCACAUAUGGCUUGUAAGUUAUUUUUUUUGUAACAAUAGCACUGCAGCUAGCAGCAACUGCACUGUUUUGAACCACAUCUGUCCGUUAUACUACUGUUGACAAGGUUACAGUACAAUAUUAGCACUACCCAUCUUCUCUGCUCUGGUCACAGCUAAAUGUAUAGACAUCUCCCCUGCCUUUAAUUUAAAAAAAAAAAAAGUUUUAUUUCUCAUAAUCUGUUGCUGUAAACCUGCAUCCAGCACAAAAAAUAAUGCCAGGGCGACCCUCUCUGGCUCAUUCAGAUGUUCAACUUUAACCAUCAGCUAUAUUUCUUCAUCAGAGGUCCAAAUCAUGAACUGAAACUCGGGUUUCCUGCUUCACUGAAGACAUGGAGUUCUUUUAGUUCAUGAGGUCAUUCACUUUCAUUUUCACACUUUCUUCCCACAAUAUUUCUCUCGUUUCUAAGCUCUCCGAUACAAAUGGGCGAUUCACUUGCCUAUAAUGUGUUUUCCCAUGCUUCACUUCUGUAAAAUCCCAUCCUCCUUUCUCCUGUUGGUGCCUCCGUUCUCCCUCUAUGUCCCAAAGGUGCUGAACGAUGACUGCAGAUCUGUUGUGCUCGUCUUUAGUCACCUAGUACAAUUGCAUUACUCCGUCUUGCCUCAUCGUUCACUGCGUUUCCUUCGCUUCGCUGUAUUUUAAAAAAAAAAAAAAAUACUAAAACCAUCCUCCAUCCCUUCUCUUACAUAUUCUGUUAGCAUGGGCAAAUCAUAUUGAUUUAACAUGGAUGAGGAUUGGUAGAAGUCACCGCUUCAUUAUGUGGCCGUUUGAAGCUGAUGAAUGCUGUUAACUUGGAGGAAGGAACAUUGGAUGGAUGGAUGGAUAGAUGGAUGGAUGAUAAAAGUAAUUGCAGAGCACUGAAGGUGUUUUUUUUUUUUAUGGUUGUUGUUCCUCCUCCUCCUUCUCCUCAGUCGUCAACUGUUUUCCCAGCCCACUGUCAUUAGUUUGCAUGACAAGAUAAUUUUUUUUAACAAAACUCGUAGUCUAAAUCAGGAUUACACAACAGCAGUGCUGCUUCUGAGCUUAAGCAUCAGUGUUUGAACACGUGUGUAAAAUCUUCAUGUGGGUCUGAUGGCAUUACUUUAAUAUUUCAUACAAAUCUCCCAUGAACAGCAGUGCAUGUUAGAAGUAUGUAAAAGGGAGAGUUGUGCGACAUUUAAAGUUAAUGUUGAGGUUUCCUUUAAAGCAUCUUGGCACGAAGUCGGUGCUGUGAGAUUUGGGUAAAGUUGAACUGUGCGUCCGCUGCCGAGAUGUUUGUAGGAGUUCCACGUAGGGUUUUAGAUGUCACAUUACUAGUCAACCUAGAAAGCCUGCUGUAACCACCUCGAUCUUGUUGAUUCCAUGUCUGUUUUGUACAAAACCUUCAGGGUAUUUUUGGACCGUUUCAAGUGCGAGUCAGCCGGGUUAGAAGCACUAUCUAGAAACCACCAUAAAACCCUUUAAUUCCAGGACUGUAGUCAGUUUGUACAGAUUGUACUUGUGGGCUGGAGGAGUAGAAAGUCAUUACUUUACACUACUGUGGAUGUAAAGAUUGCUCUAGUGUGGCUGUGAGGGGCUUCAAUUUGUAUGUUUGUUUGUUUUUUCAUAUCAAGGCUCAACUUGAGAUUUCAUACAGAUUAAUACCUGGUCAAAAUAUGUGAAACGGGGAGACUGAAAUGUUAAGACACGUUCUUAGAAACUCCUAAAUACCGAAAUAAUCUGUGUUACACAAGAACAAAAUGUUAUUUAUCACCAAAAAAGAAAAACCCUUUGGAUGACCAAGCCCAGAUCCUGGGUUGAAAGUUUCUUGUUUCCUGACUGGGUUGAGACAAAAAAAAUAAAAAUUCAGCAUCUGGAGACGCAAGUUUGAUCAUGAACAAAAACAAUUAAACAACAUAUUGCUUGUUUUAGUGCUAGAAUACCUUCUGAUACGUACAGUAAAUCAUUUUUUGUACUGCAUAGGUUACAAUAAAAAGAGGAUGUACAUAAUGGUAGUAUAUCAACCGACUGACAGUCUCUCUCUCAGGUUAAUCAAACGUAAUCGAACCUCAUCAAUUUCAUUUCAACAGCCAUGUUGUCAGGUAGCUGUUUGCUGGAUUGGAUUGGCCACAGCUCUGACCUAGAGUCAGUUUUGGUUUGCGUGUCAUGCCGUAUUAUUUAAAGAAAGUGAAUUGGAGAACCGUAUCUAAAAUUUUACUUUUAACACAACUAGGAAAGUGAUUUUAUUUUUUAUGAUAUGUUUCAGUAAAAGCAAAAGCACCCAAACUGCUCUGCCUUGGAAGUGUGAAAAUGCAUGAAAAUUAAAGACACCGUAUGUACUGACCCUAGAUCAGCGCUCAGUUGUUACAUUCAAUCCAGAUGGGUGGGCUGUCUUUAAAAAAAGGCUCACUGGAAGUCAAAAAGCUUUUGUGAAAAUAUCUUGAGUUUGAAAAUGAGCCUAAACUUAACCAGUUUAUUUUAAGUACUAUUAUUUUUUUUUUAAAUGGUUACAUACCCUCACAAAAUCACAGAUCCUUCUCUUGGUCUUUUCUCUGUGUGUUUGUGUAUGUGUGUGUAUAUAUAUAUAUAUAUAUA